GAACAUUUGUAACAAUUUUCAUUUUACUACUACUUUUUUCAAUUAUUUUUUUUUCUUUUUAAUUUAUUUUAUAUAUUAAAAUUUUACUUAAUUUGUUAACGUAAUAAAUAUUUUAAAUUUAUUUAAUUUAAUUAACUUUUUUUAUGUAUCCUGAUACAGUUAAUACAAUAUGAAUAAUUCUUUUCGUUAUAUCGUACGACAGAAAGUUUUAUAUAUUUUGUUUUUUUUCUAAGGAAAGAAAACAUUUUUUUUUAAUUAUAUUAAUCAUCACAAAAAAGGCAUAAAUUUUUACUUUUUUAUUCCAUAUAAAAUUGUAAAAUUUUGUGAUUUUUCUUACAUUUAAAAUAUUAGCAUUAUAGUUUUUCAUAAUAUACAUAGAAAUUGCCUGAAUCGGAAUUGUCAAAAAUGAAUAACCUCGCCAUGUUCAAGAUGUGCAAACCCGUUGGUCUUUUCAUCCUUCUUUUAGGGAUUGCGUUGUUGAAUAAUAUUAGCAUUCCACAUGGUAAUGCAGCGUUGAAGUCAAAUAUAGUUGCAUUCGCAAGACAAUUAUCGGAGCUAUCGGAAAUCGUACAUCAUUAUUGUCCAAAAACUAAUUCAAAGGAAGGCAAUAGCAAAAAUCCUGUAGACGAGAAAAAGUUUUCUGAAGUAUAUUCAAAAUUAAAGAUGUUGGAAGCAAUGAGAAAUUAUGCCAAAUUUACAUAUGUAUUAAAAAACGAUAUAACUAAUGAUCUUAGCGCAUAUAAUUCGCUUCUUGCGUACUUAUAUGUAGCCACCAAAUAUAAGUAUCCGAAGGCAGAUAAAGAGAAAUUGUGGAAAGAAUGCAGAGAAGAAUUGAAAAAAGAAUUUCAAGAAGUAAACGAUUAUUAUGAACGUAUUUGUAAGGAUUAUGAGCAUACUCGUAUAGCAUCGGGUUAUUCUUUUAGCAAAAAAUUGGAAAAAUACGUUAAAUUGUGGAGAGAAGUUGCAUUUCGAAAUGAAAUUAAAUGGAAAAAUGGUUUUUCAACUGAAAUAAGAAAUUAUAAACCCAAAAAAAAUCAAAGUCAUAAUUUGAGAAAUUGCAUUAAACAAAUGAAUAGCGGUACUAAAAAAAAUAAAUUAAUGAAUUUUCUAAAAAUCCUAAAUCAUUACGUUUAA